ACUAAGAAAUAAAAUCUCACUGCACGAAGCCCCACAGUCCUCCCAAAGAGCCUAGAGAAGACACAUUUCUAGAUCGACGUCAAUAACCCUAACCCACCUUGAAAAUUGGGUGGAUAUAUAGAGAUUGUGGAGAGCAAGAAAAAGAGAUUGGUGGGGAGAGAGGGAAAGACUUCCCUUUCAUCAAUACCAACUGUAUCAUUCAAGCAAAGAAAGGAGGGAAGGAAAGAAAACCCGUUGUGAGUUUAGCAGAAAGGAAAAGUUCUUUCCUCCACUCCUAAUAAGCCUAUUCUGUCAAAAUCCUCAUACCUUCAAACACCUUUCGCAUUAUUUCCCACAACCCAAUGCUCCCACAUUUCAUCAUUUUCAGUUAGACAAGUGAGAAAAGUGAACAAACAAAAUACUCUCUAAAAACUAUUUAUCUUUUAGAAAUAAAAAAAAAUUAUGCAUGAAUUUACAUGAAUUGUGUUAUAUUCUCCAACCCCAUCCAGCCAUAUAAAUGUCUUCCAUUGAUGUUUCACUAUUUGUACCGUGAAGAAUUUUCUUUCUUUCUUUCUUUUUCUUUCAGGAAUAUAUAUUUUUUAGGGUGGCAUAAUAAGAAGAUUAAUUAAUAUUGGAGAGAAAAUUGUUCUUUUCACUACAGCCUCCUGUUGAUGUUGGUUGCCACAGUGAUUGAGACUUGAAAGCGCCCAUCUUUUCAUGUCUAUUGACAUUGAUAGUUGAUAUAUCACUUGGCUUGUUCAUGUCCUCUUUUGACCCUUUUCUUCGUCAUUGUCAAGUACUACGUUGAACAAGAACAGCUAAAGUUUGAGCUUCAGAAACAGAAAGACUGAGAAAGAGGAAGUGAGAGAUAUAAUGGGUUCUCUGCGGAAUGAAACUGCAAGGAAGAAAGCAAUGUGGCUCUCUCCUAAGGUGCAGGGAUUUAAUCCACCAGAGAGAUGGGGGCACUCUGCUUGCUAUUCUCGUGGAUUUGUUUAUAUCUUUGGGGGGUGUUGUGGUGGUGUGCAUUUCAGUGAUGUUCUCAUGCUAAAUCUUGAUACUAUGUCCUGGAACACUCUGGUAACUACUGGGCAAGGACCUGGCCCGAGAGACAGCCACAGUGCUGUUCUCGUAGGGCGCCAGAUGUUUGUUUUUGGAGGCACAAAUGGCUCUAAGAAAGUAAAUGAUCUUCAUGUAUUAGAUCUUGCUACCAAAGAGUGGAUACGCCCUCAAUGUAAGGGCACUUCCCCGUGCCCUCGCGAAAGUCACACUGCUACACUUAUUGGUGAUGAUAGGAUAAUAAUAUUUGGCGGCAGUGGUGAAGGAGAAGCAAAUUAUUUAAAUGAUUUGCACGUAUUAGACCUCAAGACUAUGAAAUGGAGUUCACCAGAGGUGAAGGGAGAUAUUCCUGUUCCUAGGGACAGUCACGGAGCUGUCACAAUAGGGAAUGAACUUUUUGUGUAUGGCGGUGAUCGUGGUGACAGGUAUCAUGGUAAUGUCGAUGUGCUUGAUACUGAUACAAUGACUUGGACCAAGCUUGUCGUUCAAGGAUCUUCGCCGGGUGUUAGAGCAGGUCAUGCUGCUGUGAACAAAGGGAAAAGGAUUUAUGUCAUUGGUGGGGUUGGAGAUAAACAUUACUACAAUGAUGUUUGGGUCCUUGAUGUGGUUACUUGUUCGUGGACUCAGCUUGAUAUGUGUGGCCAGCAACCUCAAGGGCGGUUUUCUCACACAGCUGUCGUUACAGACUCCGAUAUUGCCAUCUAUGGAGGGUGCGGAGAGGAUGAACGUCCUCUUAACGAGUUGCUGAUCUUGCAGCUUGGAGCAGAGGAUCCUGAUGGUCGUUAUAACACUUCCAUGUGCAAGAUUUUUGGGAAAUAUUGGAACCAUGAAAGGGGUAGAUCCCCUCGUACUAUGUUUUUGGGAGAUGGUGAAAUAGUCAGAAAGGGGGUUCAUGAACCAGAAUUAGAAACAAAACAAAGUUUUCUGUUAAGUUCAGAUACUCAAUAUCAAAAGAGGAAAAGAACUGCGAACUCAUCAUUUGAAGCUGACUCUGAACAAGAGGAGCACUCUCUUUCAGUUUCUCAACAUUCAUCUCCAUCACAAUCCGAUCAAGAGCAAACCCCAGUUAGAAAAGCUGCACAUUUUAUAACAACUGCUCAAGGAUUCAAUUUAUUCAACCAGUUAAAUCAAAUUCCAAUAAAUUUUCAACCUAAUAAUGAUGCUGCCUGUUACCAGAAAGAACCUGGAAAUGCAGUCCAAAGAAUUCCAUAUAAUCUCAAAAUUUUAAGAGAGAAAAGAAAACCAGAACAAUGUGUUCACGUUGUUCAUACAGGCAGCAGACAAGGAAUGCCUUGUCCAGCAGUAUUGGACGACAAACCUAAGAAUGGAGGCACUGUUCAAAACCUGAUCGGUGCUGAGGUAUGCGGUAGAGUUGAUGGAGCCUUUGACUCGGGUCUUCUAAUGACUGCAACUGUUAAUGGGAAGAUCUUCAGAGGAAUCUUGUUUGCACCUGGACCUGAAGUUGUAUCAAGAGGAGCUAGUCUAGCUCAAAAUCCUUCACGUCCAGCAAACCAAAUCAUAAAUGUUCAGCCAUUUACUAACUCAAAUCACAUGGAAUCCUCAAAGCCAUCGCGGCAGCCAACUAUAUUCCCGGUGCCAGAAUCCGGUCAGAGUUUCCGGCAGACUCAAAUGACAAGAACAUAUCCAGUAAUAAGUGCUUCUGCAUCAUUAGCUAAAGAACCAAAGCUGAGAAGUGAUCUUCAAGGAGUUGACCUAACACUUGGAGGACCUACUGCAAGUGAGCACGUUGAGCAACCAUUAGGUCAAUAACCCAGUGAUUGAAUGCCUGUAUAUUAGAGGUUGAUACCCUAACAAUUCUAUCUUUUUAAGGAUUUUCAAAAUUAAAAAAGAAAACUUUCUAA